UGGAGUCUUCCAGAUUCGAAUCCGUAAUCGUGAUUCUAAGUACGGGAUGACGACAUCAUUAUUAGAACAAUAUUGUACGUUCCACAUGUCAUCCGUCCCCUACGUUUAGUUAGUCCUGCCGCAGCUGCCAGGCACAUUUCUUGAUCGGAUCCCGCGAAAGCUUGUGUUUUUUUUUUUAAUAAUCUUUAUUGCCGAAACCGCCACACUUCCUCCCAUACAUAAUAUACUACUGCCUGUCUCCCCAUCACCUUUUUCUAUUCAUUCAGCAACAAAUUACAAGCGACAUUCCCUGACAUUCAGCCUCACUCCCUCCAUUUCCGCCGCCUUUUUCUGAGGGCUAUUACGUCACAAUGCCGACAAAAGAGGGUUCUCCUCGACCGCACACCUUUUCCGGCGUGGUACUCCAAUUAAAGGAGAAGCUCAAGCCGGGCAACAAACAACAAAAUGGCACAACAACAAACGGCAAUGGCAAUGGCAAUGGCUUGGGCAAGUCUGCCCAUCGCCAUGAGCUUAGACGCAUAGAGAAGGCGGAGAAGGAGGAACGAAGCUCGCGGGAUAUCCAAGAGCGGGAGAACCGCUGGCGUAGAGAACAAGAACGCGCGCGGUCCGAGGAGGAUGAGGAGAUGCUAACGCGCUAUGGAAUGGUCGCAGAACCAGAAGACUUACCUGCCCAAGUCCAGCCUGGUAAGCUCAAUACUAUUGAGGGCAUUCAUAAACUCUCAGUUGGCACCAAAGUUGCGUUUCGAGCCCGGAUACACACGCAACGCCGUAUGUCGGCCAAGCUCGAUUUUCUGUUGUUCCGAGAUCAGACCCACUCCAUCCAAGGUGUUCUUGCGCAUACAAGCACCCACAUGAUUAAAUGGGUGCAAAAGCUACACCCCGAAUCUCUUGUCUACGUGACCGGUACUCUGAAAGAGCCACCAGAGAACAUCCGAUCUGCAACGGAGCAAACCGUCGAAAUUGACGUUUACUCCUUGCAUCUGGUAGCCGCCGCCAAUGAUACACCAUGGGACAACUAUGAACCUCCGGAGGCGCUAAAUACUCGCCUGCAAGCACGUAUCCUCGAUAUCAGACAUCCCUCCAAUAUUGCUAUUUUCAAGAUUAGAUCAAAGAUCGUCAGCCAGUUCCGUCGAACUCUCGAGGACCUAGACUUUCUUGAAAUCCAAACUCCAAAGUUGCAGCCAGCCGCAACGGAGAGCGGUGCCGAGGUUUUCAAGGUCAACUAUUUUGGACGCAAGGCUUUCUUGGCACAAAGCCCACAGUUGGCCAAGCAGAUGGCCAUCUCUGCUGAUUUAAGAAAAGUAUUCGAAGUUGGUCCAGUUUUCCGCGCUGAAAACUCCAACACGCACAGACAUUUGACCGAAUACACCGGUCUUGAUAUCGAGAUGGAGAUCCAGCAGGAUUAUCAUGAAGUCAUGAUGACUGUUGACAAAUGUUUGAAGAACAUUUUCACUGCUGUGCAAAGUAUGCCCGAACUCCAUGUCGUGCGCGAACGUUUCCCCAGCGAGGACUUGGUGUGGCUUGACGAGACUCUCGUCCUACCCUUCACCGAGGGUAUCAAGAUGCUGCAAGACGACGGUGUAGAUGUCGAGGUUGAAGAUCUUGGAACUCGUGACGAGAUCCGACUUGGAGAACUUGUCAAGCAGAAGUUUGGCACGGACUACUACAUCCUUGACCACUUUCCGUCAAACGCGAGGCCUUUCUAUACCCACAAGGCUGAAGACCCUGACUUCACAAACUCGUUCGAUAUCUUUAUCCGCGGACAGGAGGUUUGUACUGGUGGCCAGCGUAUUCACAAUGCUGAAAAGUUACGGGAAAGCAUGAAGAAGGCCAGGAUACCUGAGGCUGGUAUGGAAGAGUACCUAGCUGCCUUCGACUUGGGCCCAGCCCCACAUGGAGGUGCAGGUCUUGGAUUGGAGAGAGUAGUGAUGUUGAUGCUCAACUUGGGCAACGUGAGAAACGCGACCCUGUUCCACAGAGAUCCGAAGUCUCUACCAGAGAAACCACAAGGACUUCCCCACCCUGAAGCCGACACAACAAAGCCAUGGCAGUUCACAGAACAGCCCUCUGUCGAAAAACUCAUCGCCAACUAUGGAGAUGCUUCCAACACCUCGUGGUUGGAUGAACGCUUUGAGAUCUGGCGACAUUCCAAUGGCGCAGCCGUUGGAUAUGCUAUUCAAGAUGAAAAGUUUGCGAUGACUAUUGGUAACCCACUCUGCGAUGAGAGCCAGUACAACGAAGUGAUCUCAGCUUACCAAAAUUACGUUUUGCACGAGCUUAAGCUUACACCUGUAUGGAUGCUGGUGUCGGAGCAAGUGCAGGAUGUUUUGGCAACCCAUCAUAAGUGGAGAACGUUGAGCUGCGUGGAAGAACAGCGUGUCGAUGCUGACAACCACAACAAGCCUAGCGGCCACGACAUCCGAAGAGUCGAAAGGGAAAACGUCAAGGUCCACAAGGUCGAGUUGUCAGAAGAUUUCAUGAAGCGAUGCGAUGAAAGUAUUGAAGAGUGGAAGGUAGCCCGUCGAGGCAAGAAACAAGUCCACUUGACAGAGAUCCGCCCAUGGGUCGAUUCCGAACAUCGUCAAUACUUUGCUGCAGAAAAGGAUAACAAGGUCGUUGCUCUUGUCGUUCUAGCGCAGCUCUCCCCCAAGCACGGUUGGCAAGUGAAGUGGGCAAUGGACUUUCCUGGUGCACCGAACGGCACCAUCGAGGUCACUGUCGAGAAGGCUCUUUCGUCUGUUACUGGCAACGUAACUUUCGGUGCGGGCGUCUCAGAGAAGCUGACCCCUGGUUCUCAGCUGCACGGAGCCCGUGCCAAGUUUUUGGCCAAUACCUACGAGCUCCUCGUCAAGCAGCUCUCCCUGGCUAACAAGGCAGGCUUCAGAGAGAAGUUUGGUGUUAAAGGUGACCCUAUCUACAUAUGCUAUCCCCGCCACGGCGUUGGUGUUCAGGAUCUGAAGCAGUUUAUCAAGUUCUUUGAGGACUAAAUAUUGCAACGGACUCUUAAUGGGUCAAAAUGAGGCCACGGUUGGACGAAUGAAUUUGAACUGGACGCGGCUAGUUGCAGGUCAGGCGAUACCCCCUUCUUGGAUUGAAUGCGUGCUUGGCGUCUGGCAUAUUUCUUUUGUAAUAAUUAUUAGCGGCCGGCCUUUUGGUCUUCCGCUUGGCAUACCAAGGCCUAUUUGGCAUAGAAAGUCCACUAGAUAUCCAUUCCUGUUUGUGUGCGCAGAAUAUAUUGUUAAUCGAUAUCCUCAUACCAUCUUUCUUGAUGCUCCUCUCACAAAUUGCCUACUUAUAUGAAUGCGUAUGUGAGCUCGAAGGGGGUUCAAAGUCGUGACGGCGUC